GGUGGAGAUAGACAGGGAGAGAGAGUGUCCCCUCCUCCUCAUUCAUACGCAUAAUAUACUCAGCUACCUGUUUGCAGCCCAGUGCACGUAGAGCGGAGACUCGAUUACCCCUCUCUCUUCACUGUCACUCUCAUUCAUCCUUUCUCUCUCUCUCUCUCUCUCUCCUUCCCUUCACCUCUCUCUGCCAGUCCCCGCUCUCCCUUCUUCCAGUCAUUCACACAACAGGAGGACAACACCACCUGCUACCAGAUCUUGAUGUUGAGAAGAGAGAAGAAUCAUAUAUUCCACUGACCGCUUCAUGAUGGGAUACUUUAGGUUGGCACGGCAGGGGACUUCCUCCACGGCGCAGGACAUAUCAGAGCUGCGUUGUUUGUUGCCGCUGUUCUACGUUUGAUGGUAUAAUUCUGAUGUCAAGCAAUAAAGUUGUAGUAACUCAAGUGGACAUUAUGAGGCCUCACCGUCAACUAAAGUGGAUAUAAUUUGAUAGAAUUCACCCACAUUAAACUGAUUAACCAGUUAAUGAUUUGGCUCAAACUCGAUAGCCUGGCACAGGCAGACGCACCCCACGUGUCUACCUGAGGCUGUCUUUCCAUUUUAUGGAGACCUUGCAUAGUCGCCUGACGACUGGGGAGCAGUCCGGAGAUCAAGAACACUGUCAACUGGAGUCUCCUCAACGGGACCUGCAGCCUAAGUCUCCCUCCCAGCCCCGUCAGCAACAGCAAACCGGCUCCCCAAAGCCCCAUGGCGCGCUACAGCAACCCAAACAGUCCAGAAGACAGCAUCCUGAACGAAAGCGUCUCAGGCAUCAGCGGCAGAGCAUUGACUCAGAUACGGUGCUGGAAGACAAAAAUGAACCAUCGAAAGCAACCACGGUUUCUAGUUUGUCACCAGGAGUCCCGCCGCCCUCGGCAGGUAGCCCGACCCAAUCCAAACCAGAAACCCAAGAGGGCACCCCAAAACAGAAACGAGAGCGUAAGCCUCAGAGACCAGGAAAAUAUGUUUGCACUUACUGUGGCCGUGCAUGUGCAAAACCUAGCGUCCUACAGAAACAUAUUCGCUCCCACACAGGUGAAAGACCCUACCCCUGCGCCCCAUGUGGCUUCUCUUUUAAGACCAAGAGUAACCUGUACAAACACCGCAAAUCGCAUACCCACAGGGUGAAAGCGGGUCUGGCGCUUGGGGAGCCAAGAUCUCUAGAGGAGCAAGUCACUGAGUCGGAAGACGAAACCCGACAGCUGUCAUCGGCCUCUUCCCACACAGAAAGACAAAGCAGUGUAGCCUCAAUCAAGAGUCAUGAAACAGACAAGGCCAAAGGUAACACUGCAGGAAACGAUGACUCCUACGCGGUGAAAAAGAGAUUGGCCUUGCGUCUAAGUAGAGGGAAACAUGCUCCCCAAGAUUCAUCAGAUGAAAAGUCCUCAUCUCUAAUAUUAGGCAGCAAAGGCAGUACAGAAUCCGGCUAUUUCUCUCGCUCUGAAAGUACUGAGCAAUCACAGGACAGUCCCCCGAACACAAGUGCCAAAAGCUAUGCAGAGAUCAUCCUCGGCAAAUAUGGACGUCUCGGACACCUACAGAGGAUGUCCCGUCAUCAAAACCAGCAGCCCUCUGGUCAGAAGGACAAAAGCAUCCCAUUCACAGUGCCCAAGAAGCAGGUCAUUGACCAUAUUACCAAACUCAUCACCAUCAAUGAGGCAGUGGUAGACACAAGUAAAAUCGACAGUGUAAAACCAAGGAGGUUCUCGCUCUCUAGAAAGAAUAGUUCAGAGUCUCAAAAGGGUUCCUCUACAAAGGAACCGCUAAUUCAUAGCCCUAAAACUGGAGAUCUGAGCUAUAAAAACAGUGGCUCCAUCACCAUGGGAGUUCCAUGUGAAAAAUUUCAUCAUCAGUCCCUAAAUGUGGAGCAGCCAGCUGGCCAAACAUGCACCGCCCCUCUGGUGAGAAGUCACUCAAUGCCAUCUGCAGCUAGUUCAUUUGAUACCUCCGGUGGUGGCCCCAGCAAAUUCCGCCUAAGUCAGUCCUUCGAUGAACGGCCACCUUCGGAAAUAGCGGCGUCCCGUCGUUAUGGGAUGCUAAGACGGCAGCCAGCUAUUGAAAUCCCGCUCGGUGCCGAACUUACAAAAGAGGAACAGGAUGGUUCCCAUCCAUUUUACCCCGACAGCGUAACCACUGUGCCUGACCACAAGCAGAGUCAACCCCAGCCAUACGAGUGUGAGGCCUGUGGCACUGGAUGCAAGGAUUGGGAAGGUUAUAAGAAACACAAGCAAAGCCUGUGCAUAGCGCAUCAUCCCAGAAACGAGGUGGUGAUUAGUCAAAUGGAGUUCUCACAGUUAAUUAACCAUGCAGUCAAAACGGGAGCUUCAGCGGUGCGCAAGAGGAGGAAAGAGGAGAGUUUUGAAUUUAAUGACCCCUCUUCUCCUUCGUUACCCUCUCCUGCCCUCUUGUCAGGACAGUGUAAAGAUGAAAGCAGCGUACCUUAUGAGGGCACCAGAAGACCUACACUGCAAACCUGUUCAGUUAUUCAACAUACUAGUUCAUUUGAAAAACAGGAAUCUUUGUGCAACGAGAGUCAAGGCUCCGAGGCGACAAAGAACUCUCCACCUCAUGACGAACAUCAACUAGUGCCUCAGAAACAGCCUCAACAGCAGCCGACGAAACUAGCAACCCGGAAGCUGGUCCGUCAACACAAUGUGCAAGUUCCAGAAAUACUGGUGACGGAGGACUCCAACAUGAGCACGGAGAUCUCAGUAGAUCCAACCUCCACAGCAAAACAUUCAGAGAAACCUGAUGAAUUCCAGUGGCCUCAGAGAAGCCCCUCUCUGGCUCAGCUCCCUAUUGAAAAACUGCCUCCAAAGAAGAAGCGCUUACGUCUAGCUGAGGCUGCCCAGUCCUCAGGGGAAUCCAGUUUCGACUCAAUAUCUCUGCCCCGUAGCCCUAGUCAGGACAGUAGUGCCUCCUAUGCAUCCAGUCGUUCCACAUCCUUUGAGGAGUCGAACAGGCCGGACAUGGAGAUAGCAACAUCAUCACCACUGAGGAGAUCGAGAGCUCCCCACAUGCUAACAGUGCCUGGGGUGCAUCAGCACAGAGAGAUGAGGCGGUCAGCAUCUGAGCAGGCGCCUCAUGACCCGCAACUAAGUGUCCUAAUGGCCGAGACCCGCAGUAAGUCUUUUGACUACAGUUGUCUGUCACCGGAGCGCUCUGCGGUCGGCUGGAGGGAAAGAAGAAAAUGUCUCCUUAUGAGACACACUGCUAUCAGAGAUCCAGAUGAGGAGGAGGAAGACCAGUGUGCCAUAUCAAGUCGCAGUCCUGAACACGUCGCAACUAGCACAUCCUCUCAAGUAACCCCAACCUCUGUGUGCUGCACUAGGUCCCCAUCUUCUCCUUUAUCAGGUGACACAGUCUUGCGUAAUCCAGUUAGAUCGCAAUGCAAAGAGAUCUUCUCUCAGUGGAAACUUAGUCAAAAUAUUCAGUUAACUGGCAGCACAGAACUCUCUCGUACUCAUGGUCCAUCCGUAGAUCCUGUAAAAGACGAGGCCUUGCGCAUCCAUACAGGACAGCCCCCUCCUCAAGCACCACAGCCCUAUCCUUCACAUGGACCAUCAGGGGCAGCCAGGGCUCGCUACCUCCCCAUGUCCACAGGGUUGAAGCUGGAGAUUCCCCUACAACAUGAUGAUUAUUCAGACAUUCGAGUAAGUCACUCCCACAUCCAACAGUCCGUCCCUCACAUCACGUCCAGUCUGGAGUUACUGCGGCCGGUCACAUCUCCUUCAGUGGCGGUGCGUCUCCAAACGGACACCCUCACCCCAGCAUGUGCCAUAUACACCAUGAUGUCUCAGGCCACCUCCCCUAGACCCCAGGAGGCAGUCGAUGCUGUUUCACACAACGUAGGUGUUCUGACAUCUGAAUACAGAAACCACAGGAGUCCAGACUUUGAGUUGUGGUCUGAUGAUGGCAUGAGGUUAUCGGGCUCAGGGGGCAACAAGCGCAUGCUUUCCCCUUCAAACAGUAUAGAGAUCCCCCCUGAGUCACAACAGCAGCAGAAACGAGUCAAAGAAGAAGAAGAGAGGGAGGUGGGAUGUGUUGACAAGGUGUCAGUGGACCCAUGCAAUCAGGAACUGAAACGGGAGAAUCAGUCGUGUCUACCGGGUGUUUGUUCUCCCGUCACACAUGUUGGACCUUCAUUCCCCAGUCUGCUGUCCAGCACCUGUAACAGCUGGUGCUAUUUGAACUACAUUAAACCAAACCCUUCAGCUCUGGAUGAACAGAAACCCUCGGUGUAUUCAUCGUGGUCCACUAGCAGCUAUGACCCCAACCCACCUGGCCUCUCCAGCAAGACGGCUCUCUCUCUGCUGCACUGUAAGCAGAGGCUCAGUCCCUCCAUCUACACUCUAUCCCCCAUGUCAGUCAGGACAACUGAGUCAAUGGAGCAAGACGACAACAAAAGAGCAUGCUCCACUGAGGUCUACAACAGCCAGUCGUACUGCAGAGAUCACGAGGGAGCGAGGAAGGGACAGACGUCGUCAGAGGACAACGGAUCAAACAGAGAAGAGGGGAAGGAGGAAGAGAAGAAGGAGGCGGAGGAGGAGGAGGAAGUCCAGCCAUGCUCCAGAAAUGAACAACCUCCUGAAGUUUGGAUCUCUGAGUCGGGAUCAAAUGAGAAGUAUGGCGUCCUGCAUGGCGGAGGUGGAGGGAAGUGCCAACGUGAGGAUUGUGGAUUCCACCUCAAGAGCACCAGUGUGCUGCAGAAGUGCACCGGCCGCUCCACAGGGUCGUCUCCGUGUAACUGCAGUCAGUGUAACGUUGCUUUCAAAGCCAAAGGGAGCCUCGCCGAGCACCUGAGGUCUGAGCCCCGCGGAAAAGAAACCUGUUGUUACCCAGACGACACAGAUGAAGGAGUCUGUGAGGACCAAUCAGUUCACCCUGACAAGCAAUGCCAGUCCUCUGAUCUGGGAGGCGGUGGACACGAUGGGGACGACGGUGCAAAGGACAAGGAUGGUAGAUGUGAAGACAGCUGGUCCAAGGUGGCCGAAAGCUCCCUCUCCUCCGACAGUGAGAAACCUUGUUCGGGAAGUUCGCCGAUGGAGCCUGAACCCAGCCGACCACUCGCACUCGACCCCAAGGAUUCUACCCAGAAGACCUCGGCCAGGACCAGGAGGGCCCUGUUUGCCCGCAGGCGCCUCGACGCUUCAGCCUCCGUAUCUUCCAGAGGCUCCCAUUCUCCCACUGCUCGGUCCCUGACUCCGCGGAGGGAGCCGUCUCCCCCGUGUAGCCCAUCGCCCGGGCCUCAGCGGCCCCCUGCUCCUCCUCCCUCCCUCUCCCCGUCCAGUUGUCAUGUCUCCACCUCCCCACUGAGACCAGUCUCCCCCGUUAGAGGUCUUUCUCCCAUAAUAGUCCAGCCCCACGGAUCGGAGUCCUCUGGGCCUCCGGGUUCCCUGGCAGACAGCUCUGCUCAGUGUCAAACCUGUCUUCACCCGCGGGACCGAGCGUCUGCAGCGAGACUGUCUGUGGACGAGGUCGGUCUGACCCACAUCACCCCACAUCCCACGCGGCUUCGGGGAGCCCACAACCUCCUGAGUCACCUCCCUCUGCACUCCCAGCAGCCGAGCAGGGCCCCGAGCCUCCUGAUUCCCAUCGGGGGGAUUCACAUGAUUCAGCCCAGGUCCCCCCUCCCGCUUUACAGGCUGGUGAGCAGCCCCGCAGCAGCCACAGUUAACCCCACAGGUACAGGGACAUCCUGGAGGCCGGGGGGCUCUUUGAAGGGGAGGUUUCCUCAACUGCCGCGACAAGAUACUCUCAAAGAGACGUCGCCCAGCAGCCGAGGCAGCCCGGCGCACCCCGAGGCGUUAGGGGAAAUGUCCGGGAGCAGCCGCCCGGACGCUCUGUUAAACAGAAAGAGUCAGGGAUGUUUCAGCGUCCAGCGAGCGCCCAGCCCCAGGACAGAGACGAGGCACCCGGAGGUGAGCACAGACGCACAUGUUACAGGGAGGUGUGUUUACCACGAGAGCGCCCAAGGCCAAAACGAGACUCCUUCCUCCCAGACAUAACUCUGAUAGGAGGGAGAGUCUGAAGGGACAGUGCAAAAGACUGAGGACGGGAGUCUGCGUGUGAAAAUCCUGCACCGCACUCCGGUUCACAGUCCGAGGACAAAAAAGGCAAGAGCACUUGAGCACCGCUUUUGAAUGACGCUAUUAUGUAAUUAUAUGAAUAAAAUAUAUAUAGACACUAUGUUAGAUAUGCAGUAUGUUUUGUAAAUCUUUUUUUACCUUCUUGUUUGAUGUCAUUGGUGUUAAUUUAUUUAUGUGCUAUUAUGCAAAUUCUGUACUAUAUGCAAAAGCAGCUGGAAUGAAAAUAGACAAAGUUUUAAUCAGUUUCCCUAUUAACCCUUUGACAGCUCUAAUAUACUAUUGCUGUGUUAUUGUACUGUAUUACCAAAAUGGAUAUAGAAAGGUACUACAAAUAUUUAUUCACCCCGACCAGUAUUUUGAAGUGCAAUUUUACGUCAAGAUUGUGGUUUGAAUUGUCAUUCUUAAAGGCUGUGAUUAUUCUUAUUAUUGUUUGUCAGUUUUUGUUUGUUUUGGGGUUUUUUGUUUUUUUUUUGUUUUGUUUUUUUUUGUUGUUGUUCUUGUUGUUGUUGUCGUCUUUGUGUUUUGAAGAAGCAGGGUUACGAUCACCUCCUUUUCUAAGAUCAUUAAGAAAAGAAGUUUGUGGGAUCGAGACGUUCGGAGUGCACUGACAAAUGAUUUGAUAUCCAGAGGAAAACCUGUUUCGCGUACAUGGUAGCUACGGUACAGUUUUUUUCAUAAACAGAUACAUGUAUUUUUGUGUUGUUGCUUUUAUAAAUGAUACAAUCACACUGUCAUUUUCAUGUUUACCAUUAAACUUCUCAUUUUUACAGAUUUAUAUUAAAACUGUGGUGCGGUGUGUGUGGUUUUUUAUUUG